GGUCCAAGCGAGGUGCAUCACCGUCGCGGACCUACAGACGAUGAAGGCGAGGCACACUUCUCAGGAUGCCCCAGGAUCAGCUGACGACUUCAAGAAAGAGUCGCUCUUGCAGCGACGACUGCAGACUGCCGCGGCGCUUUACAUGACUGUCAGCUUCCUCUUCGGAGGCCUGGCGGGUGUCCUGUUGGCCGGCUACCUCCUGCUGUGCACCCAGCACUCCUGGCUGGCUGCCCUGUACCUGACCUGGCUCUACUGGGUCGACCUGGAUGCGUGUGACCGUGGGGGCCGGCGCGUCCACUGGGUCCGUCAGUGGCGGCUCUGGCGCUACCUGGCCGGCUACUUUCCGGCACGGCUCGUCAAGACGGCCGAGCUGGACCCGCGCUGCAACUACAUCCUGGGUUCGCACCCCCACGGCGUGCUUUGCGCGGGUGCCUUCAUCAACUUUGCCACGGAAGGGACCGGGUUCAGCGACCUCUUUCCGGGCAUCGUGCCGCAUUUUCUGACGCUGCGUUUCAACUUUUGGCUGCCCUUUUUUAGGGACCUCAUCAUGUCCUACGGGGCGUGCGCCGUGUCCCGGGAGAAUCUAUUGUGGAUCCUGACGCAGCAGGGUACGGGCAACGCGGCCGUGGUCAUCAUCGGAGGCGCCCAGGAGGCCCUGGAUGCCCGACCGGGGACCUGCCUGCUCACGCUCGAAAGGCGCAAGGGCUUCGUCAGGUUGGCCCUGCAGUGCGGUGCGCACCUGGUCCCGGUGUUUUCCUUUGGCGAGAACGACAUCUUUGACCAGGUACACAACCCGCCGGGCUCCAGGCUCCGGAGGAUCCAGGAGUUGGUGAAGCGCUGGAUCGGCGUUGCCCCGGUCCUCUUCCACGGCCAUGGACUGCUACCCUUCCGGGCCCAGAUCGUCACCGUUGUUGGCAAGCCAAUUCACGUGGAACGGAUGGAGGAACCAACUCUUAAGCAAAUUGACGAGUUGCACAGCAAAUAUAAAGAGGCUCUCGCUAAACUUUUUCACGAAAACAAACAUAAAUACGGUGCGGAAAAUCUACAACUUCAAAUAAACUGAAGGAAAUAUUUGCCUAAA